AUGGUGGGCGAUGAGGGCAUUGCGAUCUGGUGUCAGGUCACAGAGAUCAGAGCUCUAGAUCUGCGUCACUGCACGCGCAUCACAUGCCGGUCCAUGUACCACAUUCGCCAGCUGCAGCAUUUGGACACGCUCAACCUCGCCUGGGUGGCCAAUUGUGGAGCAGAUUCUGCACCUGGCGACAGGUGGAUCAGGGCUUUGGGCCCUAUGGAGGAGCUUGUGUGGCUGAGCCUGUUUGGGUGGCAGCUGAGGGACGAAGGUGCCCUGUGUGUUGCCAAGUUCUUCCCGAAAUUGAGGGCAUUGCGCUGCUCUGCUGCCGGUGGUGGUGGUCGUGCCGCUGCUGGUGUUGGUGCUGGUGGUGGUGCUGGUGGUGGGUUGACCAAAGGUGGGGUGAAGAAGAUGGUGAAGAAGUUGCCUCGCUUGGGGGAGCUCUGGCUGUUUGGAGGCUCGGAGGAGGUUAGGAAGGCAGUGAGGAAGGAUCGAGCUUGGGUUACAGUGCUCUGCUAG